AACCUACAGUCUCCUCUUGUGUUCUCAUUCUGGUGGCAGGGCGUUUGGUGCACUGCCAAAACUCCUUGAGCUGAAUCACCCCCACACGACUCCCAGUUCACCAUGUCCAGAAAGGUUGUGAGGACCAGCAAGUUCCGUCACGUCUUUGGCCAGGCUGUGAAAGCCGACCAAUGCUACGAUGACAUCCGAAUCUCCCAGAUGACCUGGGACAGCAAUUUCUGCUCUGUUAACCCCAAGUUUGUGGCCAUGAUUGUAGACGCCAGCGGUGGGGGAGCCUUCAUGGUGCUUCCGCUGAGCAAGACAGGACGUAUCGACAUGUCCUACCCCACUGUAUGUGGCCACACGGGUCCGGUCCUGGACAUUGAGUUCUGUCCUCAUAAUGACAACAUCAUUGCCAGUGGCUCUGAGGACUGCAGUGUCAUGAUUUGGGAGAUCCCGGAAGGCGGGCUCACCUCACCGCUCACAGAUCCCGUUGUCAAGCUGGAAGGUCACUCCAAACGUGUUGGCAUCCUGAGCUGGCACCCCACUGCCCAUAAUGUGCUAAUGAGUGCAGGCUGUGAUAACGUGUUGAUCCUGUGGAACGUGGCUCGUGGCGACGCGGUGGUGAGGAUCGACAGCGUGCACACUGACCUCAUCUACAGCGCCUGCUGGAACAGGGACGGCUCCAGGAUUCUCACCUCCUGCAAGGACAAGACCCUGAGGGUGCUGGACCCGCGCAAGGGCACCGUCCUCUUUGAGAAAGAGAAGCCUCAUGAGGGCUCCAGGCCUGUCAGGGCGGUGUUUGUGUCCGACGGGAAGAUCCUCAGUACCGGCUUCAGUCGCAUGAGUGAGAGGCAGGUGGCGCUGUGGGAUCCGAAAAACUUUGGAGAGGCACUGACCCUGCAGGAGCUGGACACCAGCAGUGGCGUCCUCCUGCCAUUCUUUGACCCAGACACUGGCGUCGUCUACCUCUGUGGCAAGGGAGACAGCAGCAUCCGUUACUUCGAGGUGACAGAUGAAGCUCCUUAUGUCCACUACCUGUCCAUGUACAGCAGCAAGGAGAGCCAGAAGGGGAUGGGGUACAUGCCCAAGAGGGGCCUGGAGGUCAACAAAUGUGAAAUCGCCAGAUUCUACAAGCUGCACGAGAGGAAGUGUGAGCCUAUAGUCAUGACCGUGCCACGCAAGUCGGACCUGUUCCAGGAAGAUCUGUACCCAGACACCGUCGGGCCCGAGCCCUCGGUCGAAGCUGAUGAGUGGUUUGAGGGAAAAGAUGCCCCGCCUAAUCUGAUAUCCCUGAAGGACGGGUUUGUAGCUACGACUAAAGCUAAGGAGUUCAAAGUUCACAAGAGUCUCCUGAAGACCACCACUGCAUCUGCAGGGAAUCAGCAUGACAACAGCGGGGAGGUUCAGUCUUUGAGGAAGGAGGUGAAGGACUUGAAGGAAGCGCUAGAGGAGCUGACCAAGCGUGUGAAAGAGCUGGAGAGCAAGCAUUAAGCAAGCAAGAAAGCGACGAAGAGCAGAAAUCACGCGAGAACAGUGGAGCAAAAACUACAGCGAGAAAACUUUUGUUAACUUUUGAUUACAGUGAGACAAAGGGAGAGAUUAAGAUGGUAGAUGUCAUGAAACUAUUUUUUAGCGUAAAGCUUGAAUUUGUCUAUUUGGUUUGUGUGAUCAAUUUGAGAAAACAAGAACCAUAAUAUAUGCUUUUAGUUUGAAAUAAAAUUUUCUGUAUUUUCAAAGUA